UUCUUGCUUCUUCUCUGGGGCGUCCCGAGUUUGAGGUGGCCUUUGUCUGAAAUGGGGUUAGUGGGGCAGGCCCUGGUCACAGACAGCGGCUCGCUGCUUCCUCUGGGGUUCUGGUCAGCCGUGGCCGUAUGGGUGGAGAGGCCGCAGGUGGUCAACAAGCGCCUGUGCGGCGCCAGGCUGGAGGCCUCGGGGAAGAAGACCCCGAAGAAGGGGGCGGUGGCGGCGAAGGGACGUCCUCCAGGGGCAGAGCUGGAGACAGCCGGCGGCGGGGGCCAGGCCCCGGAGGCUCCCCGGGUCCCAGCUUCGGACCUGGAUCCCCCCUCGGAGCAUCUCCUCCGGAGCCUCGUCACCGCUGAUGAGGAGGUGCUGGACUUUCUUAGGGGGGGCCGGGUGGAAAAGCAACCGGAGGCCGGACCCAAGCCCGAAGUGAUCCUGCGAACCCUCAUCCCCAAGCCCAGUGCGCCCCGCCCCGUGCCGGCCCCAACCCAAGAAAUGGUUGUCAAAGAUGUCUUCAAUGGAACUGUAACCUUUUUACCGCUGGAAGGAGAAACACAUUUAAAAGUUAAGAAAAGCAAUAUCUAUCAAAUUCAGCUUAGACAUAACAAAGAUGAAGAAUGGUGCAUAUCCAUGUUAGUGUUCUCUGCAGAAGGAUGGGAUUCAGAUGGAAUCAUAUACCCCAAUUCUUCCUGGCUUGGAAAAGAAUUGUUGUCCAAGUUGGCCAGAUGGUCUGUGGAGAAUAAGAAGAAUGAAUUUAAAAGCACUCUGUCACUUAUUUCACUUAUGAAAUAUAGUCAGGUUUACCAGGAACUCAAAGAGAAGUACAAAGAAAUGGUUAAGGUGUGGCCUGAAGUAACAGAUCCUGAAAAGUUUGUAUAUGAAGAUGUUGCUAUUGCUACUUAUCUGUUGGUUCUUUGGGAAGAAGAACGAGCUAAGAAGGGAAUAACUAAAAAACAGUCCUUUGUCGACUUGGGGUGUGGCAAUGGUCUCCUUGUUCAUAUCUUAAGCAAUGAAGGGCAUCCAGGUAGAGGGAUUGAUGUUCGAAGAAGAAAAAUAUGGAACAUGUAUGGACCACAAACUCAGUUAGAGGAAGUUGCAAUCAGACCAGAUGAUAGUUACCUUUUCCCUGAUGUUGAUUGGUUAAUUGGAAACCAUUCAGAUGAGCUUACUCCAUGGAUACCUGUGAUUGCAGCAAGGUCAUCAUAUAGUUGCUGCUAUUUUGUCCUGCCGUGCUGUUUCUUUGAUUUCACUGGAAAAUAUAGCCGAAGACAGAGUAAGAAGACCCAGUAUAGGGAAUACCUUGAUUUUAUUAAAGAAGUGGGGUUCACCUGUGGGUUCCAUGUUGAGGAAGACUGCCUUCGAAUCCCGUCAACAAAAAGAGUUUGCCUCAUUGGAAAAUCCAGAACAUAUCCAGCUACUGAAGAAGCUUUAGUGGAUAAGCAGAGAACACAGUAUAUUGAUAGUAGGCAGUCUUGUGCUCGGAUUCCCCAUAGUGAAGAAUCUUCUUGCGCCUCUUCAGGCAGCACAAUAGAAACUAAUCAUUGUGACCAUCAUAUAUAUUUAAACUGUCUCAGUGAUAAGCCUCCCAAAGGUCAGUUUCCUGAAAAUGAAAAGAAGAUGCCUCAGGAAGAUGGAAUCUGGAUAAAUGGAUUUCAGCCUAGAGACAAAAUUGAACAAGUUAGGAACUGUGCUUCUCUCCCCCGAGACUUCAUUGACCACAUAGUUUUGAAAGUGGCUAAUUUGUUGCUGAAUGGAAAGCAGCAGAACCUCAAAGAAGACCCCUGUGAUGGAAGCUCAAAAACCUGGAAUCGAGGAGGAAGCCUUUCCUUGGCAGAAGUAGCAAAUCAGUUAGAUAAAGAAACUCUGCAAAGAUUAAAAAGAGAAUGUGGAGGCCUCCAAACCCUGCUUAAGAACAGCCAUCAGGUAUUUGAAGUUGUGAAUGGGAGAGUGUAUAUUCGUGACUGGAGAGAAGAGAAGAAUGCAAAGAAAAACCAGCCAGAAGCUAAACGAAGACUAUCAUCAGAAGCUUUUAAAACGCGUCUCUGUUGGUUUUUUAUGCACCAUCCCAAUGGUUGUUCUCUGACCUCCGAAUCCUGCUCAUAUGCACAUGGAACCCAGGAGCUACGGCAGUCACAAACUCUAAAGAAGAUAAAGCAAAUCCACUGAUACUACUCCAGCAAGCUGAAUGGCACAGAUUUUGGGGGUGGGCAGGCAGAGUGAAAGCUGUCACAUGUUAACCUACCUGUCUUUUGAAGUUUCUUGUGGCAAACUAAUUUGAAUAUUUCCUUUCAUCUUUCUCAAGACUCAUCUGGCAAUGUGGGACUUGCCAAUCAUUGUGUAGAGUUCCAGUUUUUUAAAGCUAAACAAAAUGUUGCCAGUUAUUUUUGAGCAUAGAUAAUUUUAUAUUUAAAAAUUUGUGUAAUCAAUCCUAUAUGUUAUUUUUAGUAUAUAGUGUAUAUUUUGGAUGGUGUUUAAAAUUAAAUUACUCACGUUUGUAUGCCGACUUUGAAUCAGCAAGACAAGCUAUAAACUUCUUUUAAAAAUACUAUA